ACUUUAAAAUCUUGCGCUGUCUCGCCAUGGCUGGCGUAUUUACAAUGUUGGCAGUUCGCCGACUGUUCAGUAAAAAUAUCGUUUUAAGACAUUUGAAUGCUACUAAGUCUGUCUCGUGUCCAAGUGCCAGAUGUAUUUCAACAGUUGAAGGCGCCCAGAAAACUUACAAACCAAAUUUGGCUCUCCGUGUUUCUGAUGAAAAUGACUUGACUGAUAUAGAUAGGUUUCUGCGCAAACAAAGAAUUAAGGGUGCUUUGUACAGCCGCGACGAAAAUGAGCAGGCUACAGAACGUUUUUGGAGUCGGAUUCUAAAAGCUGGGGAUAUGGACUUGAUCGAAAGAUAUCUAAAUAUGAGAGUCAAAUUAGGACUUCAUAAUGACCCGGAAAAGGUUUUAAAAGAUAUGCGAGGUGCUGGAUUGACGCCUAACUCCUGGAUAUACGCCUCCUUUAUAUCUCAAAGUUGUGCUGUCGGAGAUAUGAAUCAAACAAACUUUUGCUUGCGUAUGCUCCGAGAUGCUGGAUUCAAGCCCAAUCGUUACAUUUUUUCCCAGAUUUUACACGGUUACGUGAAAGCCGGACUACCUGAGGAAGUUUCUUCUACGCAGGAGUUACUAUCCCAAAUAGGUUUGUGGCCAUCAAAGUUUGCAUAUGAAGGCCUUUUGUCCGCUUACGCUGAUAUUGGUGACAAAGACAGUUUAUUACGAACUCUAGAUGAGGCUUACGCUGUACUCCCUUCAAUAGAUGACAAAACAGCAUCCCGUGAAAUCUCACCUAUUUUACUCUUGGAUCUGUACACAAGAUUAGUGUGUUCGUUGGCAUAUACUGAUGCAACGUGCAGUGAGAUUACAACAAAAUUACUUACAACAGAUUACUUUCCGUUGGAGUUUGCUAUUGACACUGUCAAAGUGCUCUUAGCGAAAGGACGCCCAGCUGCUGCUCUGGAAAUUUUCAAAGUAAUACAUAAGUAUCAAAAACAAAAUGAUCAUCUAUCUUCAUUACCGGUUUAUGCUGCUGCUGGUGGUUUGGAUUACAAGGCACUAGAACCUUUCUGGCAUACAGCUAAUGUGGAUAGUAAAGAGCUGUUUAUGCUUAGAAAUAAAUGUAAAUUGUAUUUCCAUCGGAUCGGUAAAACAAACAAUAAAUUGGGCGAUCAAUUUCAAACCUGUCUUGAAGAGCACAACGUACAAGGCGCUCUUGAUUUAUUGAAGAAUCUAAAUAAAACGAACAUUACAUUAGCGUAUUCAUUGUUUCUACCAAAAUUAAACCGCUCGGGGUUUUCUUUACAGGACUUAAUCAAUCAAACUCAAGAUCAUGAGAUUAAUAAGGCUUUAGUGUUUGGAUAUGUGUUUAAUAACCUAGUAUCAAUACAAUCAACAGACGAUUUAAAAUCACGUUUAACUAGCUGUUUGGAAUUGGUGAAUGAGUAUCGCGCUAAGGAAUUACUACCGUACAAUGAUGUUGUUCGUUUGGGCAACCCCAUAAUAGUUAAACUGGUGACAAAUAUAAUAUCCGUUUCAGAUAUGGCAGAAAUUGCAAAGUUGAAUAAAUCAACCGUAAUGCAUGACGUUUUCCGCAUUUUCAGCCAUACACUAACAAAACGUUCGUUACGUAUGCUGUACUUGCAAGUUUUCGAAGCUUUGAUGUUAUCCAACCUUCGUUCAUUUCAUGGCAUCCCAAAAAAUAUUGUAAUUCAACUUGUAGCUGAUGUAUGCGCUCAUCAAAAUGUCACGUUUGGUUAUGGUGAUUGGAUAUUAUCAGGAUUGAAAGAUGCCGGUGUACCAAGGCACAUUAUGGCAAAACUUUCUUCUGAUCAAUCUGUGGAACUAUCUUCGUAAGUUUGAUAAUUGUUUCUCGUUUUUUAAAUCCAAUCAAAGUCUGUAAAGUUAGUUAGACAUCAAUAAUCCACACCUCUUUUUAACAUCAUCACUUUAUUUAUUUAUAGGUGGAAAUUAUACCCGGCUACUAAACUCGAAGCAUUUGGUUUUCGUAAGGGGGUUAUUCUCUGAGCCCUCAUGUCAGACAACUAAUUCACAUUUCCUCACUUUUCUUACUAAUGCUUCCUUUUUCCAUUAUGCUCUUCAAUUUCAGGUUUUCAGAUCUUAGCGUUGUGCUUUUUGGUGGGCGAACGAGCAACGGUAAGCACAAAAUCAAUUAAAGACCAUUCUUGUAAGGUGUAUUGUUCGAUUUAUAUACUUGGUUUUUUGUAUGGGUUGUAUUAUCAUUGGUUACUGAUUUUGAAAGAAGAUUAGAACGUUUUUGGUAAUACUCAUCAAUGUCGAGCCGUUAUACCAGUUUUGUGUGUAUUAAGCGAAUUUCCCUGUUUCUUUGCACCGCUGUCGCUGGAGAUAUGGUACUAUAAACAUUUUGAAAAUAGUGUCUAUCGCUUUUGUGAUUGCCACUUCGUUUAUUUUUGAAGUGCAUCAGCGUGAUUUAUCACAUCGCCAUUAGCGGUAGCCUUUUCCCCAUCAUUAUAUUAGUUAUUUUUAUCGAUUAGUCACAAAAAACAAAGUAUCAUUUCAAGUUUCCGGACCACAUUAAGGCAUAAAAUAACAUAACGGUAAUUGUUAAAAAUAUUGACUUCCAUAACACUAUUCAGAUUGUUGGAAAAACAAGAAAGGCUGAAUCGGGUGGAGGUGGUUCUGUUAUUGUUCUGUUUCAAGAAGCAUCAACCAUAUCUGCACCCUUUUCCAAAUGUUAAAAGAUCGUCAUAAUUACAGCACGCUUACAGUCGUUGUGAUUUUUGGUAUCCUGGCUAUCUUCGUUACGCUAAAUAUGAUUGUCCUUUGGGAUCAUCUGUGUUUUUCCUGUCAUCCCAAUCAAGUCGGUUGGAGAACAAUAAGACUAAACUCAGCGAACUCAUGGUUCAUAGGGGAUGUUGUAUGGCUGACUUUAUUGUUUGACUGCAAUAAGUUGUUUGUCUCAAACAACCAACUUCUGAAGUAAUGUUACCUUGUCACAAUAGAAUGAAUGUUUUAGAAAAGGUAUAUUCUAAAAACAAAACUUCACCUUACGUCAUACAUUUCGAUCUCUGGCAGAAAUAUGAUUUAAGCUUUAUGAUGAGAUCUUUUUAAUUGAUCAGUACAAAGCAAUUUUAAAACUCAAGUUUCAGAAGAAGAGAGAUUUUAUCGAUCUACGCCUUGACGAUGUAUUUUAAUUGUUAUAAGGCCCAAUAGUUUGUUCGAGGUAGUAUCCAAGCGGUCUCUUACAAAACUUCGUAAACCGUUACACCCUCGCUUUUUUGUACGGUGCUUAAAUAUUUGAAAGAUUUCCCCACUGUUAUCGGAUAUUCAUGGGACAAUGUUAGAUUUCAUACAAUUACAAUCGAUCAUUUGUAAAUCCCAUCUCUUGUUUUGAAAAAGUAUGUUACAGGAUGUCUUGAGUAAAUACUUUACUGGCGUCACACCUCAGUUUAGUCACCAAUACUGCUUCACACUGCAACCAUAAAUUGCUGUUUUUUAUUUGAACACAUAUGUUUUGGUACAAGGAGGCACCAGAUACAUAUCCGCCACACAAAUCUCUUUUGAUUUUUAUGAGGGCUGUGGUACUACUUGGGUGCUCAAACCCAAGCAAGCUGUUUUAUUAGGGGGCGACACCCAUAGCCUUUGACCUAAAGGUCUGAUCCACAAGGCAGUGAGGUAACAUCAGGAGAUACAGUUCCAUGGUAACCGGUGACCAAUAAUUGGUUCACACGCCAUUCGUUCCCUCAGGAUACUGAAACCCAUGUGCACCAUUGGUUUUACAAUCAGGGUUUUCCAACUCUCCUAGGUUGACUCCUCGUGUCCACCAAUAUAGUUAAAGCGCCGGACAUUCGCUUUUCAUCCUCUCAAUUUCGUAUACAACAUCCCUAUCACGAGAAGGCAGUAAUUAGGACUUCCGUGACAGUGGUUGUAUGCAAAUGGUCAUGUGAGAGCAUUUCGUGAUGGAGGGUUGACUCUCAACACUCUCGGCUGUGCCAGAGCAUUCGUGAGCAAAUUGCUGCUUGGACUUGUAUAAUUCUUUACCUACGUACUUCGUAUCGUAAACCCUAAAUGUGAAAGUGUUUCACCCAAUAUCGCUUGACUAGAUCAUCACAAUGUGAAUGCCUGAGCAUUGUGUCAUUGUCGCAACUACAGUUAUGAUCGUUUUCCACCAAAUAUGUAUGGUUUAUAUUGGGUUGGUAAUUUCCUCAUAUGCAUGUUUCGUUUGUUUUACUCAUCUUUUGAGAAUUCGACAUAUUGAAAAUUUUUAAUCAUAGUCAUUGACACAGCUAUUAUGUAAACAUGUGAUUCAUUAUGAAUAUUGUAGGAAUAUAUUAAUAUACAUUUCCUUUUUCACUUUUUCUAAUAUAAAGCAGUC